AUGCAACAUGUGGGCACAAGUGUUGCUGCAUCUUGCGAAAGUCAAGUCCCUAGAAUUCCGCCAAAGAAACCAUUCGUCCACAACCUCGUGCAUCGACCUAUCAGGAAAUCCACCUACGGCUUUGUCAUUCCAGAACCGCAGCCACGUACUUUUGAAGAACUUCAUACGGAACGUGUAUAUCUCCUAGCUUGUCUCCAACAGGAGAAUGAAAAGGCAACGCAACUUCUCAAAAGAAUCUUACCGUUGGAGGAAAUUUUAGUGCUCGCACAGGUAUCCCAUGAACGCAAAGAAGCCAAGAAAACUCUGGGUUGGUUAAGAUAUCGUAUCAAGGAGACGACUCUUCAAGAGAAGGCCAUCCUGGCGCGGCUAGGCCAGUUGUCAUACGAAAUUCAAUCUCGAGAAAGGUGGACCCAGGUUGAAAGCGAGCGACAGCAGCAAUCCCAAUACGCUAAGGAUGGAUUGUCUCAAGGGAUGCAAAACUUGCAACUCAAUACACGGUGGACCGAGUUUCAACCCCGAAAGUACGAUUCUAUGCCUCAUGCUACAUCGGUACCGCAGCAGUAUCACAGAUGCGAAGCAAACACUUCGCAGCCAUCUAUCCAGAGUUAUGCCUCGGAGCCACCUGCUCACAACAACAGCUCACUCGAUGGUCUCUCAGAGGGAGAGAAUUCGGAACAGCGGAUUAUGGCAAAGGAAGAUGAGACUGUGCAAAGGCCUCCCACGAGUCGUCGUUCUUCGUCUAUGAACCGUGCUGAGCCUCCUAUUUUGGUCACGGACCCUUUAUGCGUAUCAAUCCCAGGGUCUAAGCGUCACAGUCUAUGA